GACCAACCAAUCACCAAAGCGCCCAAACGGACGAACCUCAACGUUCCCCAACCAGCUCCUCUUUCCUCCAUCUCCGCCCUGUUCCUGAAUCCUCGAGCCUGACGAAUGACCUCGAACCGCCCAUGCCCGGAGAUCAUGAGAUUGAGACGUCCCAGUGAGUCGCGAUGAGCGCCGCAAGCUCCUCAACACCGCCGACGGGCCAAUGGACCCCGCGAAGACCGUCCAAGAGAAGCAAACUACGCAACGGCACCUUCAUCAUCCCCGCCACGGGCGAGCGCGUGCGGCGCACCUUCACCCUUCGCACGACGACAACCACGAGCACAACACAGUCCGACGAAUCCUCCCCCGGCGCCUCCCCUCUCUUCUUCGCUCGCCAAUCCGUAUCCGCCGGCGCGCACAGCCUGGCGCAAGCCGUGCGCACGCAUGUCCUGCGCAUCCUGCGCAUCCUGCGCUGGCUGGAUUCGCCCGUCGGCCAUGGUGUGCUCAAGUGCACCCUCGCCUACACGCUAGGCAGCCUGGCGACCUUUUGGGCUCCCCUCUCAGACUUCCUCGGCAGGCCGGACGGCAAACACGUCGUGGCCACCCUUACCGUCUACUUCCACCCUGCCAGGUCCUUCGGGUCCAUGAUUGAGGCCGUCCUGAUCGCCAUUGUGGCCGUGGCGUACGCAGAGGUCAUCUCGGUCUUGUCCAUGGCCACGUCGGUGUUUCUUGGCGGGGUUCUGGGUCUGGUGGCGCUUGCGCACGCGUUGGUCUUGAUGAUUUUUAUUGGGGGAGGGUUUGGGUUUGUUGGAUGGGUCAAGCAGAGGAUGAACAACCCGCUGGUGAAUGUGGGCAGCACGCUCGCGUCGCUGGCUAUUAUUGGUGUUGUCACCAAGGAGACGGCGGUGCUUACGAGCGACUUUUCCAGCCAAAAGAUUGUCCAGAUCCUAAAGAUGCUUAUUAUGGGCAUCAGCAUUACUACGGCCGUCAAUCUUUUGGUGUGGAGGGAAUCGGCCGUGUCGGGGUUGCGUGAGUCAAUGACCAAGGCGUCCACCUCGCUGGGAGAUAUGCUGGCCUUGAUCACGCGGGGGUUUCUGAGCGGGUCAGAGGAAGACGUGCAGUCGGCCGAGUUUUCCGCGGCUUCGUCUGCCUACUCGUCCGUCUACCCCCAAAUGACCAAGAAUCUGCGCGAGGCAAAGUUUGAGCGCUACUUUCUUGGCUACGAGAAGCUCUACCAGCUGGAUAGGGCCGUGGUACGGUCGAUGGAGACCUUGGCUCAGUCCAUUGGCGGGCUGCGAAGCGCGGCGAAUACACAGUUCGCUCUGUUGAAAGAACCUAUAGAACCCUGGACCGAACCCGCCCGUCCUACGUCUACUUCCCCAGUUCUCUCGUUGCCCUCACCCAGGCAACAGCGGCUGUUGGCAAGCACGCUCAGAAGUGGCAUCGAUCGGCUGCCCCCUCUAUCCUCGAUCGACGAGGUAUCGGAGGAGAGCACCGAGGACGAGAGGGGUGGCGCCAAGGCUAGACGCCAUUCUGAUCCCGUCGCUGCCAACCUGCCACCGUUGCAGCAUCCCUCGGAGAUAUUUGAGCUCUUUAUUGCUUUGCUAGGUCCCUCAAUGAAAUCCUUGGCUUACACACUUUCCGAGGUGCUGAGGGAUCCGCCGUUCGGAUCGGCACCCGAUUAUGAGAUUAUCGUCAACGAACAUUUCCGUCCGAGUCUUGAAGAUGCCCUGGCGCUCUUUAACAGGGACAGGGCGAAUGCGCUUGAAGAGCUCUACAAGAAGCUCGAGUUGGACCGUACCAGACCGGAAAGCGUCAAGGCCGACUUUGAAGAGGUUGCGGCUGCCUGCGGCCACUUCAGUUUCAGCCUGCAGACGUUCGGAGAGGAGAUGAUGAAGUAUUUGGAUGUGCUGGAUGAUUUGAAGCUUGUCAGCGAGCAUAGAAAGCGCAGCUGGAACUGGCUAAAGUGGUGGCGGAACGGGAGGGACUACCGUCGCAAGGACCUGGCCCUGCCAUACGACAACGCCGAGCGGGAGGUUCUAAUUAAGCCCAUCAAGAAGAGCGCGCUACCUAGGGGAAUAGCCCCCCAGAUGAUCCAGCGGAGGGACACAUAUGCCUGGGAUGUCGCUCAACCCGCCACCAGGACCAAGAAAGUAGUUGCCAGUUUAUCGCAGAGGCUUCUUCGGUUGGUGAGGAAUGUAGCUAGGGAUGACAUUCGAUUCGGCUUAAAGGUUGGUGUGGGAGCGGCGCUCUGGGCAAUGUUCUCCUUCCUUCCUCAGACCAGGGACUCUUACCGUCAUUGGAGAGGCGAGUGGGGCCUCUUGUCCUUCAUGAUUGUCUGUUCCAUGACGGUGGGCGCUGCCAAUACAACGGGUUGGUCAAGGUUUCUGGGAACCCUGAUCGGCAUCACCGUGGCGGGCGUAAAUUGGAAACUGGCUCAGGAGAGUGCCGUUGCUCUCGUCUUCCUUGGAGCGCUGGUGGCCUUUGGGACCUUCAUCGUCAUCAUCGCGUUGGGCAAGGCGCCCAUGGGCAGGAUUACACUGCUGGCGUACAACGUGACGACGCUCUACGCGUACAGCAUCUCACAAAGAGUCGAAGACGACGACGACGACGAGGGCGGCACUGCUCCCAUUAUCAGAGAGAUCAUGCUCCACCGUUUCAUGGCCGUCACCGCCGGCAUUCUCUGGGGGCUGAUUGUUUGCCGUCUCAUCUGGCCCAUUUCGGCCCGCAAGAAAUUCAAGGAAGGCCUCAGCAUGCUGUAUCUACAGAUGGGUCUUAUCUGGAAGCGGGGCCCGCUGGCAAUUCUCCUGCGGAGUGACUGCACGCGCUCCUACCUUCGUUCAGGGGAACAGGCCGCGCUCCAAAAGUACGCGGGACGGCUCGACUCGCUCCGCGAGAGCGCGGCCUCGGAGUUUGAGCUCCGCGGGCCGUUCCCCUCGGAGCAGAGCCGCCGGCUGAUGGGGUGUACGACGCGGCUGCUCGACGCCUUUUACGCCAUGUCGCUCGUCACGCAGCGCAAGGGCAGCCUGACCGAGGGCGAGCGGGCGCUGCUGCUGUACACGGCCGACGAGCGCGCCAUGCUGUGCGAGCGCAUCUGCCACGUCUUCCAGGUGCUCGCCUCGUCCCUCAUGCUCGAGUACCCCCUGACGGACGCGCUGCCCACGGUCACAAGGAUGCGCGACCGGCUGCUGAGCAAGAUCUUUCAGUUCCGCAAGGAGCAUCAGCAUCAGCAUGGGAAAGGGAAUGGGAAUGGGAAUGGCCAGCAGCAUCGUGCUGCUGCUGAGCUGAUGACGAUGACUAACGGCGCGGUCGGUAACGGGUUUUCGUCUGGGUUUGGGUUUGGGUUUGGGAGUAUAGGCCACGUCAACGUGGAGGAAUCAGAUUAUGCCCUGCUGUAUGCUUACGCCCUGGUCACUGGCCAGGUGGCGGAGGAGUUGAAGGUGGUGGCCAAGGAAAUUGAGAGCAUGUUUGGCGUGUUGGAUGAAGAGACUUUGCUGUUGCAAUAAGAAAAGCUAGGGUUCGUGCCUUCGUGGGAAGAUCAGGGGUUCUUGGGAAAAUCGAGGGAACUUGGGGGGAAAUGGGGUUCAAUGGGAGAUUAGGGUACUCUUGGGAUUAGAGGCGCGAAGGACGGUCUGGUGUAGGAAGGUUUCAGGGUUUUGAAGGAGUCCUGCUCAGAAGGUUAUGGCUGGGUAGCGUGAUACCCGACCUGUGGUACGGAUACUGGUCUGCAAUAUUUAUAUGGAAUAGUCUUAUCCAUCAGCAC